AUGUCGCGAAACGCUCCGUCCCGGACGCUCUCCUCCCCGGCGAUCCUUUAUAAACAGUCGCCUACGUCUGUUCCCGGAUCUGUUCCUGUGUUAGCCAAGCGAGAUGGCAACUGCCCCGAGAACAGCCACAACUGUCUCGACGUCAACUUCCCGCGACAGUGCUGCGAUAACCAAAGCUACUGCUACAUCAACUUCUCCAACGAUCCGCGCUGCUGUCCCAUCGGGUCCAACUGCAUCGACGACUCUCCCUGCAAAAGCGAGCACUUCUACUGCACCACAACCCUCCCCAGCAUCACGACCGGCAACUCCACCACAAAGGGGUGCUGCGGUAGAAAAUGCCCUCAGACGAGUUACUAUCUCUGCCCGCCUGACCUAGGUGGGAACUGCUGCCCCUACGGCUCCAACUGUCAAACAGGCGGAAACUGCGUCCGCAAGUAUACCCCUUCGACGACACUGCUCCUCCCAUCACAGUCAAGCACACGAUCUAGUACGGAGAGCCCUCCCGUAGGCGAAGCCGAUCGCUUAUCGCCAGGCGCGAGAGCCGGUAUUGGCGUCGGCAUAGCGCUGGGCACGUCUCUGCUGAUUGCGCUGGUGGCAUGGUCAUUUAUACUGUACAAGCGACGGAGACGACAGGUCAAGAACCAUGACGAAGAUCCAACGAACCGCGCUGAGCUCAUGGAGUCAAUUGCUCCUCAGGAGCCAAGUCCACAGCCCGAAACAAGAACAAGUCAAGAAGCGCAGACGGAAGCUGAGGGGACCACCGCACCCUUAGAAAUGGCAUCCGAUGCAGCUCAGCCUCCAGAGCAGGAACGGCCAGCUUCUCCAUGGGAAAAUGGUGCACAGGUCGAAACCAUCGACGGGCUCUUCGAGCUGGAUGCGUCGGAAGUCCAAGUCCCAGGCCCGUCGCUACCCUCCCCAUCAGAGCCGAAUGUAUACUUCCCAAGCCACUGGAACAAGAUGUGA